AGCUGAUGAGGUUACUCGUCUACACGCUGCUGAUGUACAGCAGGAUCUUCUUGUUCUGCUGCGGAUGCACCUUGGGUGAGUAGUCUUACGCGCAACUGAAUAACACUGACAGAAACCUCUUUGAGAACUGGCAUGUCCUAUCUCUGCUUCCUCUCCUUGCGAGAGAUGUCUCCGCAUUCAAAAGCUGCUAGUCCAACCCGUAUCCUCUUCACCAGCAUCUGCCCAAUGGUCUAUUUCUCCGCUCCGCUCGACGCCCGUGGUCUAAGAAUACUGGGUUCCUGGUGCGCGAUCAUAACGAGGGAUUCAUUUUCGAACAAGCUAGAACCCCAUGCCAACAUGCUCUUGCUUUAUAACUGGAAAACCGGCAUCUUAUUCAAAUUGGUGGGAUUUCAUCCCGACAGGAUCGACGAUUUCAACUUCAUAAACGGUCGUACUCUUGCCGUCAUCCACAGAAGCGCCAACCCUUCCCGUCUAAUGCUCCGUCUUUAUGAUGUCAUUUUGCCGAGCCAGCUGUGUUCGUCUGGGCGCGUGACGCUUCAGUUGUCUUUACAACUACCCCAUAUCCGAGCAGAGGCAUCCAUAUCUCCCAGUCGCAUGCUUCUCCCCAGAGCUCUUCAGGAGUGGAUUCUUCAGCCCAAUCAGCGUCCUCGAGAGAUCCUUCCACUGAACAGCGGAAUCAUGGCUCUGUCGAUACCCCUUGCAAUAGGCAUUCAGAAAGCUCAAUUGGACAUCGCUAUUGAUAUCGCAAUGUUGCUUUCCAUCACUCAUGGAAAAGAUGCUGUUGACUGCACGAUGCUUUGGAACGAGUGGGGUCCCAAGAUAUCCCGCGUUUUCUUGAUGGACGAAGUCCUCCGUGAACAGGGCGAUGUAGAGCCUUUGCAGGAUGUAGAUGGUUAUAGGGUGGCUUUUUCCACCGACAUAGACCAUGAUACAUGCGAUGAAGUUUCAGAAGAAGACUCCUCGACCCGAGCUGCAGCUUUCAUUCUAGACUUCAAUCCUGCGAGUGUUAGAUGGGCUGGAGAGGAGGCCAAGGCAUGUCGUGGGUCGCGUGGUGCUUUAGUGACGGACCCGAGUGUUUUAAGGGCGGGUCGCUUGCUUGCGGAGGAGGUGGUGAGUUCCCUGCCUUACGCACGGACAAAGCUUGAGGGGUACUUGCCCCAACAUCGAAUUCGCCUUUCAAGGGAUGAAGUUGCGUAUCCUGCUAAUCCGCUGCAAGGACAUCCGCUGCCUGAUCUUCAUAAUGUUUAUAGCUUUGCGUGAGGCAUUGCUCGAGUUGCUCAUUAGUAAAAGAAUGAUCUGCGACGCCUA